AGCUGUUCCAGCGAACCUCUCUUUUACCCUGCUGAGUGCUCGGUUCAGAUCGCACCGGACUGUGGCUCUCACCCAGGGCUCGCCAUGGCCCAGCAGAGAGCUCUGCCCCAGAGCAAGGAGACGCUGCUGCAGUCUUACAACAAGCGGCUCAAGGACGACAUCAAGUCCAUCAUGGACAACUUCACCGAGAUCAUCAAGACCGCCAAGAUUGAGGAUGAGACACAGGUGUCGCGGGCUACUCAGGGUGAACAGGACAAUUACGAGAUGCACGUCCGAGCUGCCAACAUCGUCCGAGCUGGCGAGUCACUGAUGAAGCUGGUGUCUGAUCUCAAGCAGUUCCUGAUCCUCAAUGACUUCCCGUCGGUGAACGAAGCCAUCGACCAGCGUAACCAGCAGCUCCGCUCCCUGCAGGAGGAGUGCGACCGCAAGCUCAUCACCCUGCGGGACGAGGUCUCCAUUGACCUGUACGAGUUGGAGGAGGAGUACUACUCGUCCAGCUCAAGUCUCUGCGAAGCUAAUGACCUGCCUCUGUGCGAAGCUUACUGGAGGCUGGACCUCGACACAGAUUCCGCUGAUGGCCUCUCAGCCCCUCUUCUGGCGUCCCCGGAGAUUGGUGCUGGUCCCUUGCAGUCUGCAGCCUCUGCCCACUCGCAUGGUGGUGGCCCUGGUCCCACGGAACACACCUGAACCUCUUGGGGUACCUUCUCAGGGCAGCCCUCUCCAGGGCCCUCGUUUAUCAGAAAGGAUGCACACCAAGCCUAGCUUUUUGCAGUCUCAGCUC